GCCACUUAGUGGCGGAUGGCGGUCGUCGUUGUUGUGUGUGUGCGUGUGCGCGCGUGUCUGUGUGCGUGCGUGAGCGUGCCCGUGUGUGUGUGUGCGUCCAGGUACAGCGAGGAGCGUGGCUGGGAGCUGCUGUGGCUGGCGCUGGGCUCCUUCCCACCCAGCAACCUGCUGCUGCCCCACGUGCAGCGCUUCCUGCAGGCGCGGCGCCACCACCCCGUGGCCCUCGACUGCACGCACCGCCUGCACAAGACGCUGCGUAACGGCUCGCGGAAGUCCCCACCGCACGUGGUGGAGGUGGAGGCGAUCCAGCACAAGACCACGCAGAUCUUCCACAAGGUCUACUUCCCUGACGACACGGACGAGGCGUUUGAGGUAGAGUCGUGUACACGUGCCAAGGACUUCUGUGGGAGCAUCGCAGCGCGUCUGCACCUCAAGAGCGCCGAGGGAUUCAGCCUCUUCGUCAAGAUCGCAGACAAGGUGAUCAGCGUGCCGGAGGGAGAUUUCUUCUUCGACUUCGUCAGACACCUGACGGACUGGAUCCGCAAGACACGGCCCAGCAAGGAGGGUGCGACGCCCUCCCUCUCCUAUCAGAUUUUCUUCAUGAGGAAGCUCUGGACCAAUGCCGUCCCCGGCAAAGACCACAUGGCUGACUCCAUCUUUCACUACCACCAGGAGCUGCCCAAGUACCUGCGCGGGUACCACAAGUGCUCGCGCGAGGAGGCGGCGCAGCUGGCGGCGUUGGUGUUCCGCGCGCGUUUCCACGACGACAAGACGCAGUACGCCAACCUGGUGAAGAUGCUGCGCGAGCUGCUGCCCAGCGACCUCGUCAAGCAGCUGGCGCCCGACGAGUGGAAGCGAGCCAUCAUCGCAGCCUACAACAAGCACGCGGGCAAGUCGCGGGACGAGGCCAAGCUCGCCUUCCUCAAGAUCAUCUACAAGUGGCCCACAUUCGGGUCGGCAUUCUUCGAGGUGAAGCAAACGACGGAGCCCAACUACCCGGAGGUGCUGCUCAUCGCCAUCAACCGCAACGGGGUCGGCCUCAUCCACCCUUCCAGCAAGGACAUCCUGGCCACCCACCCCUUCACCAAGAUCUCCAACUGGAGUAGUGGCAAUACGUACUUCCACAUGACCAUCGGAAACCUGGUGCGCGGCAGCAAACUGCUGUGCGAGACUUCGCUGGGCUAUAAGAUGGACGACCUCCUGACCUCCUACAUCAGCCAGCUGAUGUCCGUGAUGAGCCGCCAGAGAACGGGGGGAGGACACGCGGCGGGCUCGGCCGGCAAGUGAUUGAGG